AACGAACUCUUAUGGAUGGUGGACAUCAUGGGAUUGUGGGUACAAGAUUCUGCUGCCUUGGCUAUUCAAGAGCUACUGAAAUUGGCUGGCUGUCAAUCUUUACCCAAUGAAGAUAAUGGGAAGGAUUCAAGUAGUUGUGAAAUGAGCAAAAGGGGCCAGAAGUUGUGGGGACGUUUUUCUAGUUAUGUUAAGGAAAUAAUUGCACCGUGCUUGACAUCAAGAUUUCAUCUUCCUAAUGUGAGUGAUGCUGCUCUACUCGGCCCAAUAUACCGUCCAACAAUGUCUUUUAGAAGAUGGAUAUAUUAUUGGAUUAGAAAGUUGACAUCACACGCAACUGGAUCGCGUUAUGGUAUUUUCAGUGCAUGUCGGGGAAUUGUUCGGCAUGACAUGCCAACUGCACUCUAUCUUCUACCGUACUUGGUUUUAAAUGCUGUUUGCUAUGGAACCCCAGAGGCUCGGCAAAGUAUCACCGAUGAAAUUUUGUCUGUUCUCAAUGCAGCUGCUUCAGAAAGUAGUGGGGCUACUGUUCAUGGUAUUACUGGGGGACAGAGUGAGGUUUGUGUUCAGGCGAUCUUCACUUUACUUGAUAAUCUUGGGCAAUGGGUUGAUGACCUCAAACAGGAAAUCGCUCUAUCCCAGUCUAGUCAUGCCAUGGCUGGGAAGCAUGCAGGUAAACUGAAAAAUGAUGGCCAAGAUCAAUUGCUGGUGCAGUGUAGCAAUGUUGCGGAGCUGCUGGCUGCUAUACCUAAAGUUACUCUAGCUAAGACAUCUUUUAGAUGUCAAGCUCAUGCUCGUGCUCUAGCAUAUUUUGAAUCUCAUGUCCGAGAGAUGUCUGGUUCCUCUAAUCCAGCUGCAGAGUAUAGUGGCACUUUUUCAGAUGAUGACAUCUCUUUUCUCAUGGAAAUAUAUGGAGGACUGGAUGAGCCCGAUGGUCUAUUAGGUUUAGCUAAUCUGAGGAAAUCAUCAAGCCUACAAGAUCAACUAAUCAUCAAUGAGAAAACUGGAAACUGGGCUGAAGUGCUAACACUAUGUGAACAUGCUUUGCAAAUGGAACCUGAUUCUGUCCAGAGACAUUGUGAUGUUCUCAACUGUUCGCUCAACAUGUGCCACCUUCAAGCCAUGAUUGCACAUGUGGAUGGUUUGGUGUGCAGAAUACCUCAGUAUAAGAAAACUUGGUGCAUGCAAGGAGUGCAAGCAGCUUGGAGAUUAGGGAGAUGGGAUCUCAUGGAUGAGUACCUACCUGAGGCAGACAAAGGUCUUGUGUGCAGCAGUUCUGAGAACAGUGCUUCGUUUGACAUAGGUCUUGCUAAGAUAUUCAAGGCAAUGAUGAACAAAGACCAGUUUAUGGUUGCUGAAAAGAUUGCCCAGUCCAAGCAAGCAUUGCUUGUUCCAUUGGCUGCAGCAGGCAUGGACUCGUACAUGCGUGCAUAUCCCUACAUUGUAAAGCUCCACAUGCUGUGCGAGUUGGAAGACUUCAACUCGCUGCUGGGAGACGAGUCAUUUCUCGAUAAAUCGUUCACUGCAGAUGAUCCAAAAUUUCUGAAAUUAACAACGGACUGGGAUAACCGUCUUAGAUGUACACAAUCAUCUCUGUGGGCAAGGGAGCCUUUGCUUGCUUUCCGGCGGAUGGUUUAUAAUCUGAGUCAUAUGAAUUCUCAAGUUGGGAACUGCUGGCUUCAGUACGCUAAGCUCUGCCGUUCGGCUGGUCACUAUGAAACAGCCCACCGUGCAAUACUGGAAGCAGACGCAUCGGGUGCUCCCAACGUUCACAUGGAGAAGGCAAAGCACCUCUGGAAUAUACGGAAAUCUGAUAGUGCUAUAGCUGAACUUCAGCAAACACUUCUGAACAUGCCUGCGGAGGUUUUGGGAAAUGUUGUCCUUUCCUCCCUUUGCAGCCUUUCUCUCGCAUUGCCAAAUGCACCUUUCUCUGCAACACAAGCAUCAAAAGAGAACCCAGAUGUGUCCAAAACCCUUCUUCUUUAUACUAGAUGGAUCCACAAUACAGGGCAAAAACAGAGCGAGGAAAUCAGAUGUCUCUACAAUAGAGUAGCAGAAUUGCGGCCAAAAUGGGAAAAAGGUUUCUUUUGCAUGGCAAAGUUUUUAGAUGAUUUACUUGUUGAUGCUAGGAAACGCCAGGAAGAUAAGAAAUUCACAGGUGGAGUUGGAUCUGUCACUCCUAGCUCUGCUGGCCCUUUAAGUACCCAAGCUCAAGAGAAGCCUUGGUGGGAAUUGCUUCCAACAGUCUCACUAUGUUAUGCAAAAGGACUUCACAAAGGACACAAGAAUCUUUUUCAAGCACUACCACGGUUGCUUACUCUUUAUUUCGAAUUUGGAAACAUAUACAUCAGAGAUGACAAUUCCUCCAAUGGAGGAAUGGUAACCGUUCAUAAUAGGAUGUUAAGCAUCAUUCGCGGGUCCUCGAAGGAUCUACCAACUUAUCAGUGGCUGACUGUGCUGUCUCAAUUGAUAUCCCGCAUUUGUCAUCAGAAUGGUGAUGUUGUCAAAACUGUCAGAUACAUUAUCACGUGUGUGUUACAGGCAUACCCUCAGCAAGCACUUUGGAUGAUGGCUGCGGUGUCCAAGUCAACAGUUUCUGCAAGACGAGAAGCAGCUACACAUAUAUUAAACUCAGCAAAGAAGGGCUGUCGGAAGGGAGGCAAUGUUGCACUGUUUAAUCAGUUUCCUUCUCUAAUAGAACAUCUGAUUAAGCUGUGCUUUCAUCCAGGGCAGGCCAAGGCUAAGGCAAUAAAUAUCUCAACUGAGUUCAGUUCCUUGAAAAGAAUGAUGCCACUAGGAAUUAUCUUACCUGUCCAGCAGUCUCUAACUGUGACUCUGCCAUCGUACGAUUCAAAUAUGUCAGGUCAAUCUGCUUUUCACCCGUUUUCGGUAUCUGAGCAUCCUACUAUAGCUGGAAUAGCGGAUGAGGCAGAGAUCCUUUCUUCUCUUCAGAAACCGAAGAAGGUCGUGUUCCUUGGAAGUGAUGGAGUCGCUCGCCCCUUUUUAUGCAAACCGAAGGAUGAUCUUAGGAAGGAUUCACGUAUGAUGGAGUUCAAUGCCGUGAUCAACCGUCUCCUCUCCAAAGUUCCUGAGAGCCGCAGGAGAAAGCUUUAUAUCAGAACCUUUGCAGUGGUUCCACUUACAGAAGAUUGUGGACUAGUAGAAUGGGUGCCCAACACGCGUGGUCUUCGGCAUAUUCUUCAGGACAUAUACAUAACUUGCGGGAAGUACGAUAGGAUGAAAACAACCUCGCAAAUCAAGAGGCUAUAUGAUGAAUGCCAUGCUAGCAAAAUGGCUGAAGACGUGAUGCUGAAAACAAAAAUUCUUCCACUGUUCCCCCCAGUUUUCCACAAGUGGUUCUUGAUGACAUUCUCUGAACCAGCUGCAUGGUUUCGUGCCAGAUUAGCAUAUGCACAUACUGCUGCAGUCUGGUCGAUGGUUGGGCACAUUGUUGGGCUUGGUGACAGGCACGGUGAAAACAUCCUUAUUGAUGCGACAACCGGGGACUGUGUGCAUGUCGAUUUCAGCUGCCUGUUUGAUAAGGGUUUGCAGCUUGAGAAGCCAGAGGUGGUGCCAUUUAGGCUUACGCAGAACAUGAUCGACGGCUUGGGCAUCACCGGAUACGAAGGCGUCUUUCUGAAGGUCUGCGAAAUCACUCUGUCGGUUCUCAGGGGUCACAAGGAGGCGCUCAUGACCGUCCUCGAGACCUUCAUCCAUGACCCGCUGGUAGAGUGGACCAAAACCAGCAAAUCCAGCGGAGGCGAGGUCCGCAACCCACAGGCACAGAGGGCCAUCGCGAACAUCACGGCUAGGCUCCAGGGAGUCGUGGUGGGCGUCAAUGCCGCCCCCUCGCUGCCGCUCUCCGUGGAAGGCCAGGCGCGCCGCCUGAUCGCCGAGGCGGUCUCCCACAAAAACCUUGGCAAGAUGUACAUCUGGUGGAUGCCCUGGUUCUAACACUCUAACGGGUCCUCACCCCUCACCCCUGCACACGCUGCUAAUGUAUGUAUUCUCCCUGACCUUGGAUGAAAUGGAGGUAGAUAGGUUUAAAAGGCAGCUAGCAGCAUUUUGUCACUGGCCCUUUAGCUGCCUUUGCUCCUGUUACUACCUGCCACUGUUAGUGUUAGGCUGUUAGCUACUGGACAUACUCCUCCUUGCGAGACAUUUUGGGGUCUUAAUAUUGGCAAAAAAGUUUCACCAUUGUCAUGGGGUAUUUGGAGCGAUUAUUUCGGGUUUGGUGACAUUUGACA